AGAAGAAGAAGAAGAAGAAGAAGAGGAGGAAGUAGUAGUAGUACUAGUAGAAGAAGAAGAAGAAGAAGAACGUACGUAAACUGGAAAUAGCAGCUCAGAAGAGUUUGCAACUCGUCAUGGAUACCGAAACAUGUAAAUUACUCAGGGCUGUCCUCACCAUGAUGGUUUCAGUUCAGAUGUCAGCCGCUGAAGACCAUUUCGACAUCAAAGUGCAUCCUGGACAGAAUGCCAUGCUUCAGUGUCAAGGUCAAGGUGGUACUAUCGGAGUGUUACAGUGGAUCAGAGCUGACCUAAAGUCAGACGAUGGUCGGGUCUUCUUCUACCGAGAGCAGCGCUUAGUUGAGUCUUACCAGCAUCCAUCUUUUCGUGGUCGAGUGGAGCUGAUGGAUCCAGAGAUGAAGGACGGAAACGCAUCUGUGAUUCUGAAGAACGUCACCAUCAAUGACACUGGGACAUACGAGUGUCACGUUAAAACGAAAGCAGUGGGGCGGAGUCAGAGAGACGCACCUGAAUGCCUCAGCACUAUAAACCUGAAGGUUGAAGAAUCAGGUCCCAAAGCUGGAAACACAGCGGGUGGAAAAUACACACAUGGACAUGUUGGAGUAAUUCUGUCAGUAACUGCUUUGAUUGUAAUUGUUCUUGUUGGACUUGUUGGUCUUGUCAUCAAGAAAUCUAAGGGAUGUUUGGAGAAGAAUUCAGACCUGCCUGAUGUUGAAGCAGGUAUCCUUCAGCAGCUGAAAGAAAAUGAAAACAGUGAAAGUUAAACAGUCACUUGUUACACUGCUGAUACUCAGAUAUAUACCUGAUCCAGAUAUAUAUGAAUAAUAUAUUUGUGGAUAUGUUUGAAUAAUUAUGGCGAGCAGUGCCUUCCAUAAUUAUGACAGUUAUACUGUGGAAAUGACAAAUUAUAGGAAGCAGGGCCUUCCAUAAUUGUGACAGUUAUACUGUGGAAAUGACAGUAUUAUCGGAAGCAGUGCCUUUCAUAAUUGUGACAGUUAUACUGUCAAAAUGACAAAAUUAUAGGAAGCAGUGCCUUUCAUAAUUGUGACAGUUAUACUGUGGAAAUGACAGUAUUAUCGGAAGCAGUGCCUUCCAUAAUUGUAACAGUUAUACUGUGGAAAUGACAGUAUUACGGAAGCAGUGCCUUUCAUAAUUAUGACAGGUAUACUGUGGAAAUGACAGUAUUAUCGGAAGCAGUGCCUUCCAUAAUUAUGACAGUUAUACUGUGGAAAUGACAAAUUAUAGGAAGCAGUGCCUUCCAUAAUUAUGACAGUUGUACUGUGGAAAUGACAAAUUAUAGGAAGCAGGGCCUUCCAUAAUUGUGACAGUUAUACUGUGGAAAUGACAGUAUUAAAGGAAGCAGUGCCUUCCAUAAUUGUGACAGUUAUACUGUGGAAAUGACAGUAUUAUCGGAAGCAGUGCCUUUCAUAAUUGUGACAUUAUACUGUGGAAAUGACAGUAUUAUCGGAAGCAGUGCCUUCCAUAAUUAUGACAGUUAUACUGUGGAAAUAACAAAUUAUAGGAAGCAGUGCCUUCCAUAAAUGUGACAGUUAUACUGUCAAAAUGACAAAAUUAUAGGAAGCAGUGCCUUUCAUAAUUGUGACAGUUAUACUGUCAAAAUGACAAAAUUAUAGGAAGCAGUGCCUUUCAUAAUUGUGACAGUUAUACUGUGGAAAUGACAGUAUUAUCGGAAGCAGUGCCUUCCAUAAUUGUGACAGUUAUACUGUAGAAAUGACAGUAUUAUCGGAAGCAGUGCCUUCCAUAAUUGUGACAGUUGUACUGUGGAAAUGACAGUAUUAUCGGAGGCAGUGCCUUCCAUAAUUGUGACAGUUAUACUGUGGAAAUGACAGUAUUAUCGGAGGCAGUGCCUUCCAUAAUUGUGACAGUUAUACUGUGGAAAUGACAGUAUUAUCGGAGGCAGUGCCUUCCAUAAUUGUGACAGUUAUACUGUGGAAAUGACAGUAUUAUCGGAAGCAGUGCCUUCCAUAAUUGUGACAGUUAUACUGUGGAAAUGACAGUAUUAUCGGAAGCAGUGCCUUCCAUAAUGUGCACCUCUCACACUAUGUAAGCUUCACUCUUUAUUAUUGUUUAUUUCACAGUUUUUUGGUGUGUAUCUACUUCUGUACUGUCAUACAAAAUGUGUAUCUUCUUCAGGAGAUGUAUGCUAUUACUUUUCUUAAUUGUAACAUGGUGCAGUGAUUUUAUAUAAUUUUUAAAGUAAAUUCUAUGGGAGGAAUUGUCAAACUGAGUGAGAACAUUUGAGACUCAACUGCUCAGACCUCCCUUAUCUUACAGACCCUAUUCAAACUUUGAAACAUUCACAAAACUUUCAGUUUUCAAAGUUAUCAGAUUGUGUUGUGAUACCUUUUGUACUUUUGGAGGAAUUUAAGUCUAAAGUGAGGGCUUUUACAGCAGUUUUCAGAUCUCACCAAUGUGUCACUUGAUCAGGCAGAGAGGAGAGCAGUUUUGUUUUGUUUUAGACCAUCAAAAAAAUCCUAAACACAUCUCACUCCCACAGUUUUAACUCCUCCAGCACAUAUUAUACCUUUUAAGAUGUUGCCACAAACAUCCUCUCACAAUGUAAAUACAUUUCCCAUGGGACGUUUUUGAAAUUUAAACCUUAAUUGAUAGGGAGUCCCUGUCACAUUCUCAUUGAUUGCAUUACAGUCUCCAGGCUAUGUGUCUCCUCUCACCUCAGUUUCUUAUGUCAUUCAAUAUAUCUGAAUGAUCCAGUGGUUUAAGAUCUUGUCACUUCUGUGCCAUUUUUAGAUUGAAAGGUUGUAAGUUCGUACCCAGGUACUGCCAAUCUGGUGAUUGAGAUUGCUUAAUACAGUCUGUGUGAUCAGACCUGUCUCCCUCUCUCUUCCUCUUUUUUGAACUGUCAUGUCUGUCACGUCUGUUAGUCACGUCAAACCUUAAGGUUUGACGUUUGAUGUUGAAUAACAGGUUUGGCUUGUCUUCUUAUCUGACAAACACAAGCAAACAAGACAUACAAAAAUAGCACAACGUACUGGCAUGCACAAACACAUAAAAUUGCCUCUAAAACUUUUUGUCUGGAUAAAUUAUAAACUAUAAAAUUAUGAGCAAAUUUGCUUUAUAUGUUAAUUGUGUACUACAACCCUUAUUUUCUAUGCAAUUAAA